AUGCCUCCUCUAACCGAACCGUUUGUCCUGUGCGACCUGCCCCAAAGCUCGCUGACCGUGGCCGACAAGGUGGCUGUGCCCGGCCGAAGCGCAGGAUCCCAGUAUCUGCUGGGAAUUAGCCACUCCCAGGCUGCUCUCUACGAACUCACCCCAAGCCCUCGAUCUGUGUGGACUCACUUCCUGUCCUUGACCCAGGCCGUGUGCGCCAUCACCCAGUAUGCUCCUAGCACGAAGACUGGUGUUGUCUACGUCUCGAUCCGGGACCGGAAAAAGUUUUUUGUCGAGCGUGUCGAGCGAGGCGUUGACUCCGAGGACGGAAACAAGAGCGCUCUGACUCUGUCAGAGGCUGCGGUGGCUGUUGGGACCAGCUCCGAUGAUUCUAGAAUUUACCUGGUGACCGAGUCUGGCCACGUUAAGGUCGCUCCAGUGUCUCUGUUUGGUCAGGCUGGCUCCGGAGACAAGAUCCCCACCCUGUUUGAUGCUGGAGCCAAGCAGAUCACUGAGUACUCUCUGUUCAUGCCCGAUAGCCGUACUGACGAGUUCAGUGACGGUCUUGUUGUGCUUGUUCUCGGCUCCCGAGACUCGUACCGAGCCGUUCUGCUGGGUCUCAAGUCGUCUGGAUGCGUCGUUCUUGCUGACAAGGUUCUCAAGGAUAUCGCUACCGACUCUAAGCCUGCGUUCUCUGCCGUCGACAAUGUCCUAUCGUGCUUCUCAAACACCACUCUCUACAGCUUUGCCCUCCCCUCUCUCAAGGUGACCACCCAGAUUGAGCGACCUGAGGGUGUGUCUGGUAAUUCUUCAAUUCUGGCAAUUGACUCUCGAACUACACUGCUGUCUUCCAACGACAAGCUCACACUCGUCGAUACAUACUACGAGUCUAUUGUAACCGAGGUUGAUGCGUCCCAGCUCUCUCUGCUGUCCUUCUAUCCCGAUACCCAGACUGUUCUUGGUGUGCAGCCCCAGAAGGGUGGCUUCUGUGUUUCCGGUGUCACUGUCGAUCUCUCUUCAGGCUCUUCUCUGCUCGACUCUGUUGCUCGAGGACAGGGUUUGCAGACUUCUGCCACCCGAGAACAGCAGCGACAGCACGACUGGAGAAUGUCCAACAUCCACAUGGCCAAGACUUACCGAUUAGAGAGUGACUUUGCCAACCUAUCUGGCUAUGAUGUGGUGGUCAAGGCUGCUAAGAAGUCUCAGAAGCAAUCUCAGGCUCUGAUGGAGACCCUUAAGGCCUCGCAAGGUGCUGCAUUCGAUUCUGCUCUGCUCAAAUACAUGAAGCACAAGAAGUGGCUCAAGCAAAAUCCCGACCUGGCUUUCACCGUGUACGAGGAGCGAGAUGAUGCCCAAAUUGAUAACUUCCUGAUGGACCAGAUUUGUUCCCUGUUGUUCGACAACUAUGAGGACUCUGAGCCUGUUCUUAAGGCCGAUCCUCCCGUCAAGGCUCUCACCUACCUUCUCACACACUCUCUUUUCCCCACGAACCGAUUCCCCAACCUGUUGGACACAUUUGAGUCUCACCCUUUCCUGCAGCGUCAGGCUCUGGUGAACGCCCCUGCCCUCCCUUGCUCCACCCUGGUCAAGGCUCUGGCCUCUUCUGUGUCUGACGAGAUUGUCAACGAUGCCGUCGUUCGACUGCUGGAGGAGUUCCGACCCACCGAGGUUACCAAGACCAUCCGAAAGGAGAUCUCCAACCUCAACGGUCUGGUGGAGCGACUGCAGAAGAUGGACGCUGGCUGGGCUCUGAUUCCCUGUGUGAUUGAUGCUGGAGGACUGCUAGGAUGGAACCUAGAGACCAUUCAGGAGCUAAAGAAGUCGCUCAAGAGCGAGCUACAGACCCAGACCGAGUCUGCCCAAACCGUUGCUAUGGUGGACGCCCUCAAACUUCGAAUGAUGGCUCAGGAGCGAGUGGCAAUGCGAGAGCAGUACAUUGAGAAGGGAGAUGACAAGUUGGAUGCUAGUUACGUGGUGGAGAAGUUGCAUAUUUGA